CUCGAAUCAUCUUUUCCCCAUAAUUCUUUCUUCCCUCAAACAAUUCUCUCUCUUUCUAACUCAAACGGCUUCUUCUUCUUCUUCUUCUUCUUCCCUCUUCCUCCAACCAACAACCGAGAACCAUCGUUCUCUCGCACUCAAAUGAUGACUCUCGGAGCAUAAAAUCAGUUGGGCAAUUACAGAGUAGAAACUGAGAAUUAAAGAUGGGAAAGUACAUACAGAGGAACUCAAAGACUGCCAGGAAGGUUUCGAUAAUGGAUAUACCUUCUCAUGGCGGCGUCCGUACUCGCGCCAGAACACUAGCUCUCCAGAAAGCUUCCUCCGCCGUGUCGCCAGGUGCUGGUUCCUACAUUCAACUCCGUAGCCGUCGUCUAGUCAAGCCAACUCCUUCAAACAUUCAGAAGGAGAACCGUGUUCCACCAAAACCGAAUAAACAUUCUAGCAAAGGAGCCGGUUCUUCGACACUGAACGUUAAUUCUCGGAAUUCUUCUCGGUCUGUUAAGAAAUUGGUGCAUAGGAAAGACGAGAUUCGUCAAGAAAUUGAGAUUACGGAUGCUGAAGAUGUGGGAAUCGAUGAUGAAGCUUCAUUUGGUGAGAACAUGUUGGAAAUUGAAGGUAGAGAAAGGAGUAUACGCGAGACAACACCAUGCAGUUUGAUUAAGGAUCCAAACACUACAAAUACUCCAACUUCUUCUACAAAGAAGACUUAUUCUACAAAUUCCAAUUUAAGAGUACAAAUUCCACCUCCAAGACUCAUCCCUACAACCGUUGAAAUGGAAGACUUCUUCACAGAGCCAGAAAAACACCAACAAAAACAGUUUAUCGAGAAGUAUAACUUUGAUCCGGUGAAUGAGAAGCCUCUCCCUGGGCGCUAUCAAUGGGUGAAAAUGGAUAAUUAAAUUUGAAAGGGUAAAAUAGUAAUUAGGGUAUCUUUGUAAAGAAAGAAGUAGGAGGAAUGAAAAAGAGUUAAUUAGGUUAGGGUGUAGAUUAAUGAUCUGUAGUAUAAGAAAAAAAAAAGGUUAAUUUUCUAACAGAUCAUCUACUAACAAGGGGAAGAAGAAGGUGGUGGUGAUUGAAUGAAUGACUGUAGGUUUUAUUUAUACUUCCUUUGUUUAUGUACUUUGUACUCCUGGGAAAGUUUAAGACACCCCCCUCCCCUUAAUAAAAAUGACAAUAUUACCCCUCU